AAAGAAAAAAAAACGUAAUGGUAUAUAAUAUUAGCUCCUCAUUUUUUCCCCAUUUGGUCUUUCUAGUUGGUUUUUUUUUUUUUUGCCUUCGUUCUUGACUGCCGACCAAAAUCGCCAUGCGCUGCCCGACAUUGUCUCGAAAGUGCCCAGUAGACAUUCCUUCACCAAUUUCAAUGGCAGAACUUGCGCUCCAGGACUAUGAGAUGCAGCUAAUGCUGUUUGAGCAGCAGAACAAGGCACGGCUGCUGACGGCCAUGGAGCAACAAGCACGCGACUAUUACAUGGAGGAGCCGCCCUCGAGCGCACAAGCACUCAUCGACUCCAUACCCGACGCCCAUACUAGUGCGCUCCAAUUAGGUCAUUUUUUGCAAACGAACUCUGCCAAGGGAAUGACCGAAAGCGGAUGGUUGGAGCUGCACAUGAUCGAGGGCAAAGACCAAAUCUUCUUGGAGCGGCCGUCUUGGACCUGGACUUCGGUCUACCACCGACAUCUGGACUUCAACCAACAAACCCUAGUCCCCGACGACAGCAAAAAUUCACAAAAACUACUAUCGGAGGCCGCCUUUGUGGUUCGAAAACACUAUCGACACCACUGCCAGCCUAAGCAACUCGCACAUAUCCAUACCCCGAACGCAGCACCUCAAGGGCCAGCUGCCGCCCCACCUAUUCCAGUCAGAGAAACCAUUGAGCUACAGUCGGAUGAAGUUGCUGCUGCGCUCAAACAGUUCCUCCAGAGACAACCGAAUUUUACGUCCCACUUUCCAGACUGGGAUUUUGCCGCGCCGCUGGAAUCCCCGUUUAUGUUUUGGUAUCAGUAUGGAAACCAACCUCUUCCCGAAUCCACACCUCAAUGGCAAGCAGAGCUGCUGCGUCCACUAUUUUCGUGGCUCGCCAGCAACUAUGGUGCAAUACACAGGGAGAUAGCAACCAGAAUUGCUCGAGGGGUAGUGUCCAGGUCGACCGUGCAGUUCCUUUUCCGUCCCGGGCAGGCCUUGGUCGACAUGGCCGCCGAAGGGUCCCAGGGCUACAUUGCUACGUCAUGGCCGGUGUGGCAGUCGAGGAGUAAACCAGAGUGCGAUUCCACCAAAGAGGAAUGGGAGCUGACGGCAUGGUCUUAUGCGUUUCGGCCGGGGGGUUUUGACUCAAUCCAAGUCCGUCUGCGAAUUUGUCUCAAUGCACCAGACGGGGCCUCAGAGGUUGACGUCAACGCGUUGAACAUUCGACCGGUUUCGUUUGUCAGUAGGGAGGUCUACUCCGCACUGGCAUUUCGAGGAGCAAACAUGUGGGCGAUGCGGAAUGGAGGCUAUUACCAACACCAGGUCGAUUCUCAUCAGGACUUGAACUUGCAACGAGGGAGAUGCCUGAUUGACAUCGACGAGUAUAGCCGCCUGAACCCGCCAACCGGGGAGUCAGCCCCGGGAGUGCAGAGGCCGAGGUCCAUUCAACCGAGCGAUGAUCGGUUAUUAGUAUUUCCCAGCAAAAUACCAGUCUACGACCUCUGCAGGGAAACAUGGGAGCAAAUCCCACCAGAAGAUAUCCAAGAGGUAGUCUUCAUGGAGUCACCAAUCACCAAGAGUGCACUCAGCUGGCAGAAAUGGGAGGUUUUGGAGCAGUUGAUGACCCCUGACCGCGACAGGCAUGCGGGUCCCCGGCGGCUGGUCAGCUUAUUCCAUGGCCCUCCUGGGACGGGGAAAACCUUUGCAGCGGAGAUGAUGGCCGAUCACGUCGGCAAGCCACUGUUUCGUGUCGCGUGCAGGGACAUGGCCAUCGACCUCGAGACCGUCCGGACACGCCUCGAUGCCGUGUUUGCGCUCGCGAAAAAGUGGAGCGGCAUGGUGCUGCUCGAGGACGCAGAUCGUCUGGUGCAGCAACACCAAGAUUCCUCCUCGGACCAGGGACAAAAGGCUCGUCUCGGUCUCGUGUUUUACCUGCUCGGGCUAUUCCAAAAUUUCGACGGCGUGGUGAUUGUGACGACUAGCUGCGUCGACGUCUUUGACGAAAAGCUAAAAACCGCCUUCUCCUUCAACCUCAAGUUUCACCGGCUCGACGGGCCCGGCUGCAGAACAGUCUACCUCAACCUGAUUGACGUUUUGCUACAAAGGGGACUGGGUGGAGCCGUCGCGGGAGCGGGCAAGCGCCAGCUGGAACGAGAAUCUCGGGCUGCGGGAAAAGCAACAAGCGCCAAUGAUUCAGCUAUCCGAGGCGCGUGGCUUGCUGCGGCGCAGCCGCUGGAGGGCAUGGGGAUGAACGCCUGGGAGAUAACAAGGGCCUUUGAGACUGCCCUGCGCCUGGCUGGUUCCGAAAGGACGACGCUGUCGCCGGCGCACUUGAAGCAGGUCAUAGAUUGCAUGUUGUAAUUUACAGGCAAUGGAAUGGUUGAAACAUUUUCCACUUUUUUUUUCCUUUCUCCUUGCAACAAAGACUCAAACUUGUAAAGGUCAUCGUACUUGGAGGGGUGGCAUGCCGAAGACACUUGCCGACAUCAAAAUACGUCUGUAUUGUCAGCCGCCGGGCACAACUGGGGGGGCGCUUGGGAUUGGAUUUGCCCUGCUACCAACUUUCAACUCGCUAGCCAACACAUAGACCCACAGCGCGGCGACGGACUCUCAUCACGCUUGGCGCACGUUAUCGGCGGAUGCUUUGAUCCUUUUAAAAAAAGAAAGCCAAGGUAACUAAACACGGAAGGUCACACCCGACCCCGCCCUGUCAAAAUCCG